AUGCCUCGGUCCAUGCGAGACCUUUUUUGCUUUUCGCGCCAGCAAGGUACCGAGAACGAUUCAACAUUAACAACUUCAAACAAUGUAAUUCGAGUGAGGUCUGUCCCCGGCACGGCUGUCACAGCCCGCCUCCCUACCCCUCGAGGGGUUACUCGAAUUCCCAUCAGGGCACUGUCUCCGGCACCAUCACCCGGGUCAGCGAGUACAUCCAGUACUUGCCCCUCGACUUGCAGCAGCUCGGCUGCAGAAUCCAUUAUCACCGCUACCUCCGUGACCAGUGAUGGCUCUUCCUUGACGUCCGGGACACUCGCCAAGCUGGGAACUAUACCACGUCAGUACAAUGGCACACCGUAUUUCCCGAUCCUGCAGCUGGAUGGCACGCUGAGACCGCCAUUGAUCGCAUCCCCACUGAUCUCAUUCGGUGGCUAUGGCUCCUUUGGGGGCCGGUUCGUUCCUGAAUCGAUCAUGGGAUUUCUGUACGAGCUGACCUCGAUUUUUGAGUCUGCCGUCUUGGAUCCAGCCUUCUGGGCAGAAUAUGCUUCCUUUCAGAUAAGGAACACGCCUCUCCAGAUAGCUCGCAAGCUCACAGACUUAGUUGGCGGUGCUAAUAUCUGGCUGAAGCGUGAGGAUUUAGUCGAGUACGGCAGCCACAAGACUCGCAACAUCAUCGGUCAACUUCUACUAGCCCGACGAAUGGGUCGUGCAGAGAUCGUCACGGACUGUGCCUCGGCCAAACAUGGCAACUUCACAGCGGCAAUGUGCACGCGCCUUAACCUGCGGUGUGUUAUUAUCAUGGGCGCAGACGACGCACAGGCACAGCAAGAGGACGUCCUGGAGAUGAAGAUGCUCGGAGCCAAGGUCCUGACUGCACGAACCCCAUCUGGUAUGGGCACACUGCGCGCUGCAAUCACAGAAGCACUCCGCUAUUCAGUCUGCAACCAUGAAACUGCAUACUAUCUCAUGGGCGGGCCCGUGGGUCCCAACCCUCUACCAACCUUGACCCGCACUUUCCAGGCACUGCUAGGCGAGGAGGUCGCAGCCCAGAUGCACACAGCGGUGGGCUGUCAGCCAGAUGCCCUCGUCACCGCCGUUGGCAGUGGUGCAGGGGCGGUCGGUCUAUUCCGACCAUUUCUCCACGAGCCUUCCAUUCGACUGGUGGGUGUUGAAAGUGCAGAGGCCGCAGCGCUGACCGAGGGCUCGGUUGGCGUUCUUCAGGGUGCGCGGACCCUGAUGCUCCAGAAUCACGAUGGUCAAAUCCUCGAUUCGCACUCCAUUUCACCAGAUAUGAACCUUUCCACCGUGGGGCCUGAGGUGGCUCAUUGGAAGGAGUCUGGUCGAGUUGAAAUCUCGACGGCCACGGAUGCGGAUGCCCUGGACGGGUUCAAAACUUUGCAGCGCCACGAGGGUAUUCUGGCUGGCCUGGACUCGAGUCACGCGGUGAAGAGAGUCAUGGAUCUAGCGAGGGAAUUGGGUCCAGGUAAGAAUCUUGUUUUGUUGGUGACGGGUUGCGAUACGAUUGGUAUGCGUGGGACGGAUGUUUGA